UAAGUCAGCGCUUGCGUAUGGUUUUUCCAGUAGGUGGAGCUGGUGUCAGUUGUGAAUUGUGAAUCCACCCAAGAAGCACCGAGUAGCGGUGUCGGUACAUCGGUGAAGUGUGUGUUCUAGUGAAAAAUUUCUUAAAAUGUGGCAAUUACCGAUCAUAAUCUGUGCGAUAUUUACACUGAGUGGAAUUCUCGAUGAUGUUACGGGUCUGGGACUGCAGGAUAAUGGUGGUCUGGGAAGCGCUAAUGGAGGAGCCGUUUCUCAUUUCGAACCACAGGUAGCUAUGUUGUGCGAUUCCGGGAUUCACGGCCAAGAGGCCUACCAUCCCAAAUACAUGACGGAACAGGGAGAAUGGUUUUCAGAUCUUUAUUCGAAGGCAACUUGUUACAAAGAUAAAAUGGAUAUUCUCAACUAUUGCAAAAAGGUAUAUCCCAAGAGAGAUAUAACAAACAUCGUAGAAAGCAGCCAUUACUUGAAAAUUGGAUCUUGGUGUCGCGCUGGGUCGUCAUCAGCAGCUCAAACAAGGGGAAAAUGCAAAACUGCACGAUGGGUGAAACCAUUUAGAUGUUUAGAAGGUCCAUUUCAAUCAGAUGCUCUUUUAGUACCUGAAAAUUGCAUGUUCGAUCACAUUCACAAUCAAAGCAAUUGUUGGACAUUCGGUCGUUGGAAUGCAACAGCAGGAAAUGCUUGUCAAGAUAAAGGAUUACAACUUAGGUCCUUUGCAAUGUUAUUACCAUGCGGAAUUUCUUUGUUCAGCGGUGUAGAAUUCGUAUGUUGUCCAAAACAUUUCAAAGAUAACCUAAAACCAAAGAAACCCAUCGAUCUAACGAUAUUAAAGAAAGAACAAGAAGUUUUCGACAAUAUUGACGACGACGAUGAGGAUGACGACGAUGAAUCCGACGAAGAUAUUGAUAAAGAUGAUCUAGAUGAUCUCGCAGAUGAAACAGAGCUCUCUGAUGAUCCAACUAUUGAUGAUGAAGACGACGAAGACGAUGAUGAUAUGUAUGAUGAAGACAUUGACUGGGAUACGACGCCGUCCAGUACUACCUCAGGAUAUAAAUCUACGGUACCUUCAACUACACCAACCACUACAACUACUGAAAAAACAACUACAGUCGCCACACCAGAUCCUUAUUUCACUCACUUCGAUCCUAGGAAUGAACAUGAAAGUUAUAAAGAAGCGCAAGAGCGUUUGGAAGAAACUCACCGUGAAAAAGUAACGAGGGUGAUGAAAGAUUGGUCGGAUUUGGAAGAAAGAUACCAAGAUAUGCGACAGACUGAUCCCCGAGGAGCCGAUGAAUUUAAACAAAGAAUGACUCAAAGAUUCCAACAAACAGUUCAAGCCCUUGAAGAAGAAGGCGAUGCUGAAAAACAUCAACUAGCAGCUAUGCAUCAACAGCGAGUAUUGGCCCACAUUAACCAGAGAAAGAAAGAAGCUAUGACCUGUUAUACUCAAGCUUUAAAUGAUGUACCACCAAGUACUCAUCGUGUUCAAAAAUGUCUUCAAAAAUUACUGAGAUCUUUACAUAAGGACAGAGCUCAUGCCAUUAGCCACUACCGUCACCUUUUGGCUAACAGUAUAGAAGCUGCUGCUCGAGAACAACCAAGGACACUUGAACGUUUGACUGAUAUUGACAGAAUGGUGAACCAAAGCAUGCAAAUGUUACAAAGGUAUCCCGAAUUGGCAACUAAAAUUGGUCAAUUGAUGGAUGAUUACAUUCAAGCAUUACGAUCAAAGGAUGAAACGCCAGGUUCGUUAUUAGCUAUGACAUCUGAUGCCGAACAGGCCAUUUUAGACAAAUAUAAAACGGAAGUUGCCACUAAACAAGCAGAAAGAGAACGUCAAAGGAUCCAAGAAAAAGAAAGAAAAGAACAAAGGAAAAAGGAAAAGUUAGAACUCAAAGAAGAAAAGAAACGAGUUGAAGAAGCUUUAGGAAAAAAAAUUAGCAACUUUGAUGAUGAAGAUAUGGAAGAUGAAUCAUUACCGGAGGAAAAGACAUCAACAACCUCACAACCAACAUCAGGCAUAACUUUCGCUGAAAUAAUGAGCAAUUCCAUAACUGCAACUUCAGAUAAUCGUAACGUCGAUGACGCUGCAGUACAAGAAGCCGUCGAACAAGUCGCCAAAGCAGCUAGUCAUAGACAAGAUAUCAUUAGAGUAGCACAUGUAAUGAGCCAUGAUAUCAGCCAUGGAGAACCUACUUUCUCUGUAAGAAGAGAAAUAUAUAGCCGUAAAGAUGGUAAGAGUGUCUAUUUCACAUUAGCAUUUGCCGGAAUGGCGUUGAUGGCAGCUAUAGUAGUAGGAGUGGCUGUAGCAAGACGUAAGACAUCUAGAUCACCUCAAAGUCAAGGAUUUGUGGAAGUUGAUCAAGCAGCAACUCCUGAAGAAAGACACGUAGCCAAUAUGCAAAUAAAUGGUUACGAAAAUCCGACUUACAAAUAUUUUGAAGUGAAAGAGUAAUUUGAUGUAUUUUAGUUCGAUAUUUUCGAAAAUUCUCUUUUGCCUGGCAGCACAUAAUUUAUGAUAUUAUUUGAAAGAAAAAUACUGUUUCUUAAUAACUAUGUUAAUAUUUAAAAUUCAAACAAAAUGAUUCAUUAACUUUCUUUGUAAGAAAAAAGUUGUGGUAUUAUUGGAAACCGUUUUUCUUCUAUUAGUGUACAUAAGCAUUCGGCAAAAUAAAUAUUUCAGGUAUGACAUGCUUGUUAAGAAACAUAUUUUAUUGGGUGAAUUUGUUAAGUUUGGACAUUUGCCCCGGUCAAAAUAGACUUUCGAGGUUAAAAUAACUCUAAUAGAGCUUUCAUUUUUUUUGUAAUAGCCGAUUUAAGCCCUUUAUCAGUGAAUUAUCUUGAACUUGCCAUUCAUUUUCUCUAUUUUGACUGGUAUAAUUAUUUUUGAUGCUACUGGGAUCCUAAUCAUUCCAUUAAUUGUGUGUUAAUUGUACUUAAAUAAGCAACUCGAUAAUAAUUCUACAUAUGCAAAAUAAGAUAUACAUAUUUUGAACAAAAAAAAAUUAUGAAAACUUGAAUAGGAAGUAAUAAUUUUUGCAUAUGACAGUCCAAUGUUUAAACGUAUUCAUUUAUAUAGCGAGAUAUAUGUCGGGACGAUAUACCAUAAAAAACUAACGCGAUAUUAGAUAGAAAUUGAACAAAAACAAAAAAAAACAAGCGAUCGUCCACGAUAUUUAUAUUAGUUGCUAGAUGUAUAUGGUACCCUCCAUAUUUAAUACCUAAUGAAAAAUUAGAUUAUAAAAAAAUGCAUGUUAAUCGACAAGCUUUUGUACAGUCGCUUUUUUUUAAAGAUUUUAU